UGUAAAAAAGUUCGAUUGAAUUUGCAUCUUGUCACUUAAUUUGCAGAAGAGAGAGUCGAUGAAGAGAACUCUCUCAUGUUACUUUCGCCCUUAUUAAACUCAAUCUAGAAAUGUUUUCAUUCCCAAAUAGGAGUCGUGAAACGAGUAGAAUCUUAUUAGCGUGCUUCCGUUUGAAAUAUUUCACUAAGGUUAACAACCAGAUGUCGCUCUCAGCAUUCUCGCGCCGGCCAUCUGGCACACUGAGAUAAAUGUGCGAAAUAAACCAUUUCUGUCCACUAAUCAAAUUAUCAAAAAAAUGUAUCAUUUUUGUUUUAAACAGGUCAAAAUUUCAAAAUUGGAGCAAACAUGAGCCAUACUCUGGCUAUACUCAUCAUUUUUAUUAUCGUUGAUGAGUAAUAGCGAAGAUAGUCUAUCACGGUGACUUUACAGAAUCGGAAAUACAUAAACCAGUGCAGAGCCAGAAAACCAAUCUUGCCACUACCGAGCCGCAAAGUUCUUUAGUUAAAACCAACACAAACCACAAACCAUUUGGAUGUCGUUUUCUUAUUAUCUACCUAGCUCAAACAAAAGGGUGAAUCCUCCAAAGAGGAUUUCAAAACCAUUUGAUUGAUUGUCAUUUUCGGAACAAGUGUAACUCGUAACUAUUUGAUUUUUUUGUGGAUUUGGCACCAAAUCGAUGGUCGGAAACGUAACAUCAACUUCCGCUGCAGUUCCCGUACGUCAAUUUGACGGAAGCUGUGCGCUGUGUGGAUCAUUACAUGAUCUGUGUAACUUUUGACGUUUUGAUUGUCGUAUAGAAACAGCAGUGGGAGAUAAUGCCUACAAUUUCGCAUUCAAUUCGGUGUCAAUACCACCAUAUUUUAACUAUUGCAUGUGUACUACAGAUAAUACCGAAAAAGAAUUUACCACAAAUAAGUAAAAAAAAACAAACAGUAAUAGUGAACGAAAAUUCUAUAAUAAGCUCAGCCAGAAGUGUAGAAACAUACUGAACCAGCACAGCCGAAAUAGAAAAGAAAAUUCAAAUCAAUAAUAAUUUCAACAAUAGUGCCAGAAAACUUUUUAAAUAUUACAAUUUCAACAGAUACAAUCUUGUUUUCGAUUGCAAUAAUGUGAAUGAUAAUUUUAAAAGCAACCACAAUUGGUGACCGUAAACCGUAAACAAAGAAAAACUAUAAGGAAAAUUUACAAUAGCCAAAGCCCCAGAUGCCUGGGGUCGUUAAUGCGGAUAUCAGCUCACAACCGAGAUAGGAAACUGAAACAAAUCAAAUUUAGCCGUACACACAAACUGAGAAAACAAAAACACAAGUAAAAUUAAAAUAAAUACAUUUAUCCUUUUCCGACAUUAGGUGUGAGUAUGAGAGCAAGUGUGACAGUGCGAGUGACUGAAUGAGACUAUUGCGCGGGUGGAAAGACCGCAACUACAUAAGGUGUAGUAUUAAGCAACCAUUUUAGUGUUAAACGAAUCAUUUUUAGGGUAUAUCUUAACGAUUUUAAUAUACCGAAUGUCAUGCAAGUGUAAAACGUUUUAAAAUAACUGAACCACCUGUAACCGCUUAAGAGUACAGGACAACCGAUACCGUUCAUCCACUCUGUAUAUUGACUAUCCUACAAACAAGUCCAAACGAAGAAGAUGAAGAUGAAAAAAUGAAAACACACCGCCAUGGAUGGCAACGCAGAACAAUGACGCAGAAGCAGUAAAGUUUCAUGAAAUUUUCGACAAAUAUACCAUAACAGCAAACAGAUUCAACAAUUAUAACCCAGAAAAAAAACAUAGAUUGCAACACACAGAAAACAAAACACCGUCAAACAAGUUUAACCGAUUAAGCAUCUAACUACCAUCGCCACACCACCAAACAGAAACUGACAGAGAGCAAACAACAGCAAACAAUGGGUUUUUGUUCAGAGCAGCAUUUGUCAGUCGAUCAAUUGUAUAGAGAGCAACAGCCAAAACCGAUCAAUAGCAAUGUGUAAAUGUGACCCUUUCCCAUGGACGUAUCCAAGUGGCCCCCUCCGCGUGGUGCUAAAGGAUAUUGUAAAAAGUUUCCCACCUAAGUGUGAAACGUUUUUUUUUCUUUCAGUUUGAUUUGUACAACACCAACCACGCGUAUGUAAACAUAAAGUACAGCCAAGCAUUCCACAACAAUAUGGGGCUUUUGUUUGUUCCAGAGGGACGUCAGCUCGAGCCAUUGCAGGGUUCUGCCGCAAACUCCCACCGAAGGAUUAGCGUCGUUUCUCUCGGCUUGAGCAAGCUGAACAACAAGCGCACUAUCGAAGAUUUGGGAGGAGGCGAGCGGAUCGAACCCUGCUGAUCGUGGCAAGUCGCAGUUGACGGUCAGCCUAUCUGGUAAGAGUUCGAUGAUUCGAACAAGCAACAACAAUGACACAUGAGAGUGAAGCAACAAACAUCACUUAGUAGCUAUAAGAAUCUAUCGAAUGGAAGUAGUCAUUUUCCCGCCACAUAGCCAUAGGAGCUUCCACUAAAGUAUUGAAUCUCGAGGCUUUGGGUUUAAUUCUUCUGGUAACUCCGGGGCACCUACUACAAGAGAGAACCAGAAGGCAGACGCCUGGAGUCUGGAGAUCAUGCUAAGGUAGAAACGUUCCACAAACAGCUAGAUUGACAGUUCAAUCUACUACUCUACCGUCACUGUUAGCCAAUCUGGAAAGAGCGAAACGAUCGUUCAACUAAAAAAACGAAGAAGUAUCACUUGAACAACAACAGCGUGUCAAAACCGAACAGAGAAACCAGAGAAACCAACAAACCAAGCAGCAGAAACAGUUGUAAAAAUGUAUAAAAACAUGUUAUGCCCACACUUUGGAACCAAACAAUAAAGAAAAAUCAACACACAAGCCACUGAGCGGUGAAAAGCACACCGCGUGGCGCAAAACUAUGUUUUAGGUGAUCAAUCUUUGAAAUUUAGUUCAAUUUAACAUUACUCAAUGGAAUAAUUUCAACGAACGAAUCCCUCGAUAAGCAAAAACAAGAUUAUUAUGUAAACACAAAACAUGCAGAACGUCUUGACCAGUUAGGUAAACAAAAGCAGACUUAACUCGAAUCGAAGCAAAACUAAAAGCACAUAAAAUCAUACAAUCUGCUGAUUUGAAGUGUUACAGUUGCGUUUGACAGUUUCAAUAUUUUUAUCUACUUUUCGUGGAAUCUAAAAUCUACCUCAAAUUAUUAUAUAUUUUAAAAAUGGAAACAAAAAUAAAGACAAAAACGUGAAAAACAUGUGAAAUUAAGCAAAAAGUUAGAAAUCAACCUAUUGAACAAAAGUAUAUGAACUAUUUUUAAAAGCGUAUUAGGAAAACAAGAAAAAAAACAAGCGAAAUCUCUCGAAAAAAAAAACAAACACGGCAAACCCAGUUCAGAAUGAAGUUUGACAGUUUUCUAAGCUCUGAUUUCUCGGUAGAAGCACUUGAGUUCGUUCAUCAUCAUCAACCAACAAAGUUUGAGUUUGACGAUCAGUUCUGUCUUGAAUUAAUCCAUACUAAAAACCAAACCACAAUUCCUCCUUUUGCGUUCGAGGGGUCCCUGACUCUCCGGCCAAAGGAGCUGUAUAAAAUGAACAUAAACACACGAACAAAAGCUCAACUACUACACAGUCGGUUCAACGAGAAGAUAAAGUUCGAUUCUUUUGCAGAGAAGCACGUGACACAUCUCUUAGUUCAGUGGGCAAUUACGAAGAAGCGACAUUUUGGCGAUCCAAAGCCGCAGUUCACUUUCAGGAGAUAUUUUCUUUCAUUAAAAUCAAACAGAAAACAAAGUGUCACACCAGAAAAACAAGUAACAUCGAAAGCAUAAAAGUUUCUGUUCUUAACCCUUGGGAUUAGAUUCAUUCAAGCCGUCCUAGGCAUCAUCGUUGAACUGACUGCAUUUUAAUUUUUGAUAACAAGAUAACAAAAGUAAAUAAGUCAGUUAUAACACUGCAAAAUAGAUGCCAGCCAUGGCCAACAGGUUAUUUUCCGUUCCCACACAAAAACAAACCAAACAAACAAAAAACACAAUAGCAAACGGAUCAGCGGAAGUCACCGUUGGACGGCGGCUUCCGCUUUUUGUUGAGUUUUUAAACCGAAAUCCAGAUAACGAGUACUUUCCGUUGCGGAACAUCCAUGACCAGGCCCUACCGAAGGGCCGUAGAGCAAUAGAGAAUGUUUCGGUUUUUGAGUGAAAUGAUUAAUACGUCAAAGAACCUAAGUUGACCCAUAACGACGUACCGGAAGCCCUCGUGGGUGCUCCGGAACGUGGCCAUUUUUCGUCGCAUUUCAACGUACAAAAGUGUCGUUCUUUUUGCGUUAGGAAACGAAUUUAGUUUGUACUAAUGAUUUUCCAGUUUUUCGCUCUAGUUAUAGGUCAUGAUGAGUAAAAAUCAUAUUUACUUAUAGGAAUUAAAAUUAAUAAUAAACACAUUAGGAUUAAACAAAGCUAUAGAGAGAAUUAUAAUGAUCCAAACGCAAAAAAAAGAAAAACUAUCAUCUAACAUCGCCCGCAAGUCUCGAAUCAAGUGGCGUUCCCGGACUGCACAGUAGAAAUCCAGCGUUCGGCUUCCAAAUGCCUCUGAUUUGGAAACAAAAACUUAUCCAAGAAAAAUGCAAAAGGGCAAAUCCAAAGCAAUACACUACAUAAACGCACCACUCAACCAGAUUUGCCUACCACCGUCAGCACUGUUCAGCACUGCCAUCUGCUGGAGGAAAAUGGAACGAGCUGAGUUUCACUGUGCAGUCACAUCCGCUCGGCUAUCUCGCCUUAGUCAACACCUUCAACCAGUUGACGAACUGAUGGCGCAGUAUGACUACAGCACGGGCUCAGCUCCACUUGAAUUGAUCUAAUGUUGGUGAGAACAGUUUUUUGGUUUUCUAGCUUACUACACCAAGCAGAGAUAAAAACAAAUACAACACAACAAACCACAUACAGAAAAUGAAUUAAAGCAGAUUGAAAUAUUAACACAAAACAUCAGCAAGUUAGAAUCGGUCUUAUUAAUGGGUGUACUGAACGUUUUUGUUUAAAACUUAUUUUGCAACUAUACCAAAUCACAAAAAAAAGAAUUGUGACCGGUAAUAAAAGCAGUACGAAGAUAUCGAACAACUAGAACAACAAUUAACUCAAAAAAGAUCGAGCAAGAGCAUAGAGCAGAUCAACCAACAGGCUCACAUUCAACCACUUAAAUGUUUGAUUUUGACUUGAGUUUUUGGUACGGUGUCGGAGGAUUCCUGAUAGCAACAUUCUCCGUUUGAAUUCGGAGAAAUUGCUACCCUAAAACCCUGCCACCAAUCCAGCUUUUCCGAAGUUUAACAAUCAAACCAGUAAAAAGUAAACCAGAUUCAGACGAAACUUUUGGCCAUAUUUUGGAAACAAUUAAGAAAUAUAGAUAACGAAUGUUUACCGGACGUUUUUAACGAAUGCCAGUGCCGCUUCGAAGCGUUGGCAUUCUUCAAACUUUGGUUCGCGGGCAAACGUUGAUUUGAGGUUUAACAGAUUUAGUUCAAAUUUACACACACAAAUGCACACACACAUGUUUAAAAGGUUUAAUAAAUGAGACUCAACGAGGAAGCGAGUUAAACAACACUCAGACAAAAUGAUAACAAGUCAACAUCAGAAGUGAAUGAAGAUAUGUGAAAACGAUAAACCAAGAUCUUUAGAAAGAGAAAAAUGCAGAAAACAAGAACAUUCCUGAUUAUUUCUAUAAGGGUGCUUACAAAAAUUCAGUCGUUUGCGAAAAAGGCAAAUGAAAAUGAUAAAAAUGUUACGAAUAGGCUGUCAAAAUUAACGUUUGAAUGGAUCACAAUUAGUUAUUUAAAAUACUUGUCGGCAAAAUUUGAACAAAUCUGAGACAUGUGAAAUUCGGUAAAAUUUUGGGUUCUGACCAAAGAGGAGCAUUUUUGAUAAAACAAAAACUUUUCCAGUUAAAAAUCUCCAACAAAGCUCCUCCAUUUGUGUUCGAGGUCAGAACCAAACGAAAUUUUCAAAAUACAUCGAAAACGAAACACCAAUAGCAUCACUUUGUGAAAUGAUUUGGAAUUGAUUAAUUUACUCCUGAGUUACAGAUUCCAGUGCAAGCAACAACAGCAAACGACAGAAAAAUAGAGAAUAGAGAAGGUAAUUCAAAAAACAUUCCAGCGCAAUAACAAUAACACGCUGCUAAGGGAAGUAAACAGUUUGGUUCACAAUCGAUAAUUUUUCGGAACUUUUGGAGACAAUUCUUUCGACUUUGUGUUUUCCAACCAAAAAACGAUACGAAAGGACAAAAAAGCAAAAACUAAAGUAAAAAACACGUUCUCGGCAAUGUUUGGGAUACCCGGUCUAAAAAUAUCACGAAAAAAGUACAAGCUUAUUUGAAGCACCUUCGCGCCUUAUCUUAACAAAAAAAAAUGAAGAGACAGUAAGAAGCAGCAGAAGCAAAAAACGUAAAUAAGAGUAAAUUAUUAAAACUAAAAUGAAAUGGAGAACACAUACCCUUAAACCAAUUUUGGGGAAACAAAACUAAGGAUAAAAAAAGAACAAACAAACAACAGUUGUGUGUAAUUUUUACCAAAAUCUGCCUUAAAUUAUAUUUUCUUAUAUACAAAAAGAAAUGAAAAAUGAAAAACACGAAAACAAAAAAUCACAAAUUGUGACUAAGCGAAAACACAUUAUCAAUGUAAUUAAUUAAAAAACAAAAAUCCUACUAGUGUGAUGAUUUGUGGUACGGGACGGCAAACAGAAACACAAAGCAAAAGCAAAUCGAAUUCAGUGAGAAAUCUUUCGAAUUAUGAUGUUGUUCGAUACUUUUCAAAUGAUCUUUCGGUUCGGAAAUGUUCACUUUCGCCAUUUGAAUUUUUGGAAAAUUUACUUUAAGUUCCUUUUUGAGUUCUAUUCGUGGAUUUAUCGAAAAACAAAAUAAACUUUGGAGUGGACAAAAGUGGAAAAAUGAAAAGUAAAAUUUUUUGCGUGUCACAUCAUUAAUCCAACAACAACAGAAUUCUGGAAAUGGGAUUUCAACCAGUGGAAAAAUGGGUAAAUUAUCUAGCAAGACCAUGAAAGUUGUAAGGAUGAACGAGACUUCACCGAGAUUCAUCUGCAUCUGCGUUUUUAGUACUCACAGACACAGAACACAUUCAUGAAAGCACACGUGUUGCCAUGGGCACCUGCGAGUGCCUGUGGAGACAAAACAGGAAACCGGAAAACUAAAUCAUAACUAACAAUGCAAUGCGUAGUUUUCUUUUUUGACGAAGGAAGACGUGAAUGAAUAGUGAAAAAGAAGUCAUAAAAAAUUAAUUUUUUGUUUAAGUCGUAAAAUAGGAGUAAAUAGACUAAAACGAGAAGAGGCUAGGAGGAAAUAUUCACAGAAAAAAUGAGAAAACAUCACAAAAGGGGCAAAACUGCGAGUAUCAAAACAGAAGAACGAAGAGGAAACACACACACUAACACUUUCACUAACAAUCAAGAUCUUUUAAAAGAGAUAGAUUAACAAAGGGGGAAAGUCACCGAAAGCCGUGACGAAAACCUACAGAAACGAAGAAAAUAGUAGCACUGAGAAUGCUAGGAAUACAACCAAACAGAAACACAGAACCGUAAAAAACUGGAAAGUUUUUUAUAAAUGUGGGAUGUAGUAUAUGUAAAAUUGUUGGAAGCCAAACCAUACACACAGAUAGACAGAGAGAAAAGGAGGAAAUAAAGAGAGAGAGAAACGGAGGACAAACUUUCUUGAGAAUUAUUAUGACUAAAAUGCUAAAAGACAAAAAAGAUAUAAUUAAAAAUACAAAAAAAAAUCAACUGUAAUUUAUUCCCAAGAAACAAAACAACCAAAAAUAACAAAUUUCAAAAAAGAAGAAAAAUAUAGUCAUGGUAGCGGUUAUUUCUAAAAAGUAAACAAACGAACAAACUUUUCGCGAACAGGUUGAGGAAAGCAACCAAACCAUUCGGCAAACCGGCAGAUCUUUGUAUUUACCAAAGCACGGCUUGACCGCGGUUCCGCUCGGGAGGACCCGUAUCGCCCGAGCGCCGUGGCCGGCCGGAAGAGACAUUUUAGUUUGUACACAUCCUUGGUUAGAAAACAGGUUUUCGGUUAGUUAUUGAGACGGGUGCCCGGUCCGUGCGUCGGACCGGACGCCCGUUUGUCUACAGUUUACUGAACAAUAGAAGCACACGCACACUUACACACACACAUACAAAAAUGCAUUCCGAUGCGACCGAUCUCACACAUUGGACGAGAAAUAAUGUUUGAGAUGUUUAUGAUUUACAGGAUACCAUAUCAAUCGGAACAAUACGACUUUACUGUUGAAGAGGCUCGGGAAGGGCCGGGUUUUUCCUCCAUCUGUGAUUGGGCGGAUUGCGCGUCCCAUUCGAGCCCCUCCGAUGUGAAGCGGAAACGUGUUUUUAUCGUUAUCGAUUCAGUUGGGCCCUCGCUAGAAGAGCCGUUCGUUCGCCAUUUAGUUUACAUCUCGUUUUCAACUCGCGCACACUCAAACAGAAACAACACAUGGGGUUAAAAACCACAGUUCAUAUUUGAAGGUUGGAUUAGUUUUCGAAAAAUGAUUGUGAAACAAUAAUCGAUUGGGCGAUUCCACAAAUGAUUCGUAUUUGAUUUUGGCGCGAAAAAGUGCGGAUUAAAAUUUUGGUACCGAGGAUGUAGGAAACUCGCCUUGGUAAGAAUUGGAAAUUUUUCUUCAAAAUUCAAAAUUUCCCGAACGCUGUCAAAAUUUUUCGAACAAAUUGAAUGACAAUCGGGUCCGGACGGAAGGUGGUCUUGUUGUAGAUUGACGUUGGGAUAGAAGGUGGGGAGCAGAAUCACUCGGAGCCAGAACAGAAAUGCUGUAAAUUGUUUAGGCUAAAACUAAUUUCUACAAAAAUAAUGUGACUUUGAAAACACUUAUCCGAGAGAAAACAUCGUUUUCUGUGGAGUGUUUCAAAAAUUUCGGAAAGUUUUCUUGAUUUUUACGAGAAAAACAUGUGAAAUCUAAAUCUAUGGACUACCAGUGUCAACUAAAAAACAGAAAGCUUUUGCAGUUGGCACAGUGAUGCAAAUUCUGUUUGAAAAUAUUGUUUGUUGGUCUUAUACAGAACGUUCAUCAAAUCACCAAGCAACUCUGUUGUGAAUGUUUCCACCAUAGAAGACAGCGAAGCCAAAACCUACUGAUAAUUGCUUCCGCAUGUUAACCACAUCACUGUUCCGUUGAACACUCUCAGUACAGAAAUUUAUAGCCUAUCAUUAUCAUUCUUGUCGUUGUCUCAAACCGCGUCGGAGUACGCAACGAAUUCACCACGAGUUCACCUCCACGAAAUUCUCAAUCCGUGUGCGUCGUUCCCAAUAGGUAGCGCAACAAUUGCUUCAUGUAACCCCGAUAAUUGCUAUUGAUUUAAGAUAUUCAACGUUGAACACAAUUCUGGCCUGGUGCGACAUUCACCAUGUAACCAAUCGUUUCCAUGUACAUAUAGUUGAGGUGUUUUCUCCGUCUCCUCACCGCUUUCUUUGGCAGUCGGAAUUCCAUCGGCAACGCCGCUGGCUUACAAUAUUCCAUGCCGACUCUCCUGUGAAUACGGAGUAACUCGUUGGAACCAUCUGUUUCCAACCUUCUUAACACUUAGUUGAGCUCGGCUAAUUUUCAUUCUUUUGCCGAGAUCCGCACAGCUGAAUGGUCGGCAACCUGAAUUUAACUAAAAUGUCGGCAAAAAAUCAAUUUUAUUCAUAGUAGCACCUAUGGGUGCCGCUGACAUCAAACUUCAAACAUCAAUUGUUUAGCCGAGAUUCAGCAAAUGAACUUUAACCGAGAUUUGCACAGCCGAUCUCGGCAUUCUGUUUCAAGUGUGUACACAUUUAAAAAAUAUUCACGGGCUCGGCUUUCCGCGCACAGCCGACUAGUCAGCAAACUCAAAAACUGAUAUCUCAGUUAAAACUGUAUUUGUUAGCUGAUUCUCAGCAAAACAGUUGCCGAACCUCAGUAAUUAACUGUCAAAGUUGCUGAGAUCUCGAUUAUGUUGUUGUUUGCCGAGCACUCGGCUGUGCGGAUCUCGGCGAAAGUUCGAGAUAAUGCUGAAAACCUGGCAUUUCAAAUAAGUGUGUAGAAAACAACAGUGAAAUCACUUGACAUAAUACGGGACCGCACGAUGAAGACGAUUGCUCCACCAAAGCUCCACUCCUCAAUGAGGCAGCAUCACACUGACGAGCUCGUAAUGAUGUUUGAUAGGCGAAGGACAUACAAGAGGAAUGUCAUUUAUCUUUGUUUCCACACCACACCUUCUUUGAAGAUUUUCCAAGUUUGCACCUUGAGUGAUCCACUAUACGCGAUUCUGUAUAUUUCUCAGUUGACAACCGCUCUUCGUGCGCGACGGACGUCUUUUGUAACGCAUUGUCUCGUAGCUCUACUUGCAUCGAUGCAAGAUGGCACAAUUCAGAAAAAACACGUUGGUAGUGGAUUUCGGUGUCUUGCCAAAUCGACCCGCUUUGGAGAAAGUGGAGGAGUUCCUCAAGCAUUAUAUCAAACUUGAUAUGGCUGAUGUAAGGAGCAUUCAGAUUCACAACAUUAAAAACUGCUUGUUCAUCGAGAUGAACUAUCCUGGAGUAGCCCCGCGGCUACAAAAGCUUCAUCACUUGCGACACUGCUUUGUAGUAGAAGGAGUAAAAUAUUACAUCCCGGUAUACGUGGAUGGCCCUACAACGACGGUGAGGAUUCACGAUCUUCCACCUCAAAUGUGCAACGAUACCAUCGCCGACCACUUGCAGCAAUACGGGAGAGUAAUCUCUAUCUACAAUGAAGUGUGGAAGAAUUUCUUCUCGGGAGUACCGAACGGUGUGCGUGUUGUCCGGAUGAGGUUGGAUAAACCGAUACCGUCGCACAUCGUUGUGAACAACCACAGCACGUACGUCAGCUACCCUAACAAUAGCGAUAAGUCAGUAUCCCAGAGAACAAAACAGCAGCAACAAAAACCAUCAUCCAGCUCGGCUAAGGUGCAGAAGCAGUGCGAUUCAGUUGAACCUGCAGCGGUUAGACCUGAUAGUGACGGCGGCGAUGAUGACGAUGACGAAAACAACGACUCCAAUAACGAAUGUGAGAACGGAAAGGAUGAUACCCCGGAGACUGAUUCUGCGAAGCGGCGGUUGUCAACCGAGUCAACCAAUGGAACGGAAGAUGAAAAUAUAGCCAAGCGAUCAUGCAAUGAAAGUGCUCCGAAUUCCGAUUCGACGUGGAAAGUUAUCACAAGAUCGAAGAAGAAAAUGAUGUUAUAGUUACAAUUGUAUUUGAAAUAAUCCGACGCGAAUGCACUUUAGGUGUAAAGUGUCUUUAAUAAAUAAUAAUAAUAAUAAUGUAUAUUUCUCUCGAUGCACCUGCAGAGAAUGCUUUCGACCUGCCAUAGGCCAUACAUCUAGAUCUUAGUUGUUAGACGCUUCUUCACGAGGUUCUUCAGCGUACGAUGAGACAAAUAGCAGCAGAAAUAGCUGUGAUUCGUCUCCUUCUCUCAUGUAUAGAUAGCGAUCUUUUUCGCUACGCCGAAAUUGAAGCAUUAUUGUCAACUCAUGGAGGCCAUACAGUGCUUGAUUUAGUCAAUAAACAAUCCCCUUGCUUCCAUCAUCGCUCUCUGGUAGCGUCAUGUAGAUGUCUUCUCGUAGAUUCCAGUUCCAAAACGUUGUUUUACCAUCCCCCUGGUGAACUUCAAAGCGCUUCUCUUCUGCAACAGUUAAAACCAGUCGCAUGUUUCCAGCCUUAUCAUCGAUGCAUACGAGUCACUGUAGUUAUAUUCGAUCCUAUUUAAGAAUCCACGUGAGUCUGGCCGUCGAAACUACUAACCACGUUUCAUGCAAAAUCUCGCACGAUACUGACUUACUUCCUUCUGGAACCUUGCACAAGGUCUGUUUUGUUGUUUUCCUGAUGUCCGGAAUGUUUCCCGAAACUCUUCACGAAGUUCAUCACACUUGGAGCAUCUCAUAUCGCAGUGGCAUAAAGUGCAAAUGGCAUCUCAUCGCACUUCCGGCCUAGCUUCCGACUACUAUGACCACGCUCAGGUUGCUCAGGUUUUGCUAAACUAGAAUGACAUCCCGAUGCUUCUUCAAUGUUCUGACGAUCCUGUCGCUUCAUCGCAAUCCUCAUACGGCUCGAACGUUAUGUUCAGUUCGUUCUGAUGAACAUCGGUAAUCUCGCUGUUAUUGUCGGGCCGUCACCAAACCGGACGUCGCACAAUAAAGUCGCGACGUUUUUGAAUCAUGUCAAAAAAGUGCGCAUCCUUCCCGUUGUUCUCAGCAACACUGCGAAACAGUUGCGACGGUUGUAGACCAAGAAAAUGGCAAUUUUUGAUUGAAUGUCUGUUGUGAUUCCAACCGGAUAGACAAUAUCAGAAUCGGUAUCAGGCUUCGCUGAUUUGUUUACAAAAAUUGCAAUGUGCGUUCAUAUGGAACCAUGACGCGGAUUUUUCUUAGUGUAGCUGAGUAAGCGCCUCCUCUCCAUUGUGAAAUAUUUCACCAAACACGGGCAAAAUAACCAAAACAAAGAAACGAACGACUACGAGCUUUCGGCACAUUUUGAUAACUUCAAGUUCAAAACACCUCAUCAGAUUCAAAUUUCGGCAUACAACACUGCCGUGUGUAGCAUAGUUGUCCCAUGUUCUAUGGGAAUCCCUAUUAACUUGGGACAACUAUGCCGCACACGGCAGAACAUGAAAUUGGCGUGGAGAAUACGUUAGGCAAAACUAAGUUGUGAUAUACUCGAAUUUUGCCGAGUAGAUUGUUUUGGGAGUGUCAAAUUCGAAGCGUUUGUGUUCUAGCCCAUCUAGCAUACUGGGAAAUACUGUGGCUCAGAUGGAUAAAACAAUCUUUUGAUUAUGCACUGAAAAAAGGGACAUGGUAAUUCUGACUGUAUCGAGGGUGAAAUUAAAACACUUUUACUACUUGAUUUUGGUAGACCAUACUUUUUGCUUGAAUCUACCAUGUGCGGGGUUCAAUUUACUAUGUUGCUUUAUGUUUACAUUUCAUAGUGUUUUUGAAUCAAAUUUUGUGCUUAACUUUACUAUGCGCAUGGUACACUGCAUAGUAUGCUAGACCAUGGUAAUAUUGUUUCAAUUACUAUGCGCGUAGUUCAACGGUAGUGUCUUCUGUUUUGUUUACAAUGAAAAAAAAUGCAGGGAAAAAUUAUUAUUUGUUUAACUUUAUUUAUUUUAAAAAUAAACAUAAUUAACAAAAUACACAGUUUCUGGAUGUGGACGAAAAUUCUGCGUGGAAUCGGGUGACGAUGUUCCGAAUGUAGGCUGCUGCCGCGGAUGAAGUACCGGCAGAGAAAAAAGCUUAUCCGAGGGGAUGAUUGAUGAAACGACCUCUCGGGAAUCGGUGCAGGAGCUGGCGAUUUGCAUGAUUUUAGGUCAGCGUCGUGUACUUCGGGCUGGUGGACUCGGUGAUCGCUUCGGAGGUUGUAUGGAAGAUGGAGGGACCGUUUAAUCGGAAUCGUUUGAGCUGGCGGGAAAGGCAUGCCGUCCAUGUCCGAAUAGUCUAUCGCGGAAGCGGUUUUCUAGCGUAGGGGUUUUUGGAGGUGACUCCACCGGACGGUAGUUCUGCUUCGCUGGUUGGAAUCGCCAAAGGAGCCGAAACUUGGAGCUUGGAGGCGCAGUGUUGCUUCUUGGAAGCCGGAUUUUUUUCAAACGGUUGUCGUUGUUGUAUGUGUUGGUGUUGUGACCCACAAAGGUAUGGAUGGAUGGAUGGAAUGGAUGGAAUGGAAUGGAUGGAAAUUACAGCGUCCGUUCGCUCGUUGCAACGUUUUUAAGUUGCAAGUCCGCUAAUUUCUAAAUUUGACAAAUAUUUGCAACUAAAAGGCAAUCAAGUGUCAAAUAUGUACUGUCAGUCAUGCUGUCAGUGCAUUUUGAUGCACUUUAGUGUCAAAGUGACGUUGCAAUUAGCGAAUGGCAUUCGCUCGUUGCAAUGUAAAUAUGUCGCAACGAGUGAACAGCCGCUGUAUCUGCAAAAAUGCCAAUAUAUUUCUGUGUUUUUCUACAUAGCAGUUGGGAAAACUUGAAAACUUUGUAAAAUUGUGAUGAGAUGCUGUUAUCAUCGCACAUUUCAAUUUUUUUAAUUUGACAUUGAGCUGUCGAUGAUUUUUUCUUGAGUGAAAAUGUUUUCCAGAAACACGCAUUUGUAUACAAUACAUAUGCCGUUCUCUUCGCAUGGUGACCCAAGAAACAGAACCAGUAGAACAACAGUUUCUUGAGCUAAAAUUUACUUAAGGGUGCUUUGUUCCACUCUUGUACAGCAAAAAUGUUUGUUGGGGAGCUAGUACAGGAUUCCUCAGAUACCUCUCGAGCAGUAAUGCAUGCAUGAAUACGGUGAAUGUAAUGCAAGAUACGAUGUUAUCUAUGAAGCAUUAUCAGCUUGAUUGACUUAAUCAAGACAUUUUGCUUUUUCAAACAAAGCAAAGCACUUUGGGAUAAAUAAAUGACUCAAGCUUAUAUACUCUUCUGUUUUCAUCUUAAGCUUCGUGUAAAAAAGGGAGUUUCAAAGUUGUUCAGAGAGGAUUUAUAAUGAAACUUUAGAUUUAUUUAACACAAUCUACUUACCUCAGAAGUUCAAGAUUCUAACACAUCAUCACCUCAACUGCAACAAGUCUACCACCGGACCCAACCAAUUCCGCUUUUGAUUACAGGGAGCACUUUUGGCACUUUUUUCGGACGUUUUACACGGUAGACAAGGAAACGUCAUUCAAGUUGUAUUCGGAUCAACAAUGUAAUGUGCAACAAAAACACCACCGUGAAUUCAAACCCAGAAGUGGUGCAGCAAACCAAACUACUUGUCUAUUGGUGAUUGAAAAAAAGUGAAAAAAAGCGUGAUUCAACAGCAUGGCACAGCGUGACACACACACACUCUUCAUGAUCAUUUUGACGAAAUAACAGCUUCAAUGUGAAGGAGCAGCUCAUGAACAGCAAACAUAAAAAAAAUACCAAAAAAUAAGUGAAGACGAAAGAAGCCACAACACACUCAAACCAACCAGGUUCAGUUGCGAUCGUACACCACACAAACAGCCGGGCAUUCUCAAAACUGAAAUAGCCACAAGUUUUUUAUCUCUGACACAAUCCAAAACCGUUCUUGCAAUAGACACAAUGAAGGCAACCAAAAGAAAUAAAACCAAAACAAUGUUUAGACUUUUGAGUUCCAUUAACGAUGGCCACUGCACACGGUCAUCAACCAUUUGGCACGAGCGCGCGCGCGUUUUUUCGGCACAAACAAUCGCAAGCAUUUGGCAGCAAAAAAAUUGCAAUAGCAACACACCACCAUCCAUGAGUCGAAAUUCAUCGUCGGCAAAAAAACAACAAAAUUACGAAACGUCAAAAUUUUCAAAAAAAAGUAAAGUUUUUACAACCGAAACACGGCAAACACACACUCUUGGGCCACAACGUCCGAUCUAAAGUGCCUUCAAGAAAAAUAAUAAUAAAAAUAUAAAAUGUUGAUUUUUACAAAAUGAAAAGUAAAUAAAUAAGUUUUAUAUACAAAAAAAGAGAAUAAAAAAUAAAUAAAAAACGGGCCCUUUAAUAGACUUCUCGCCCCACUAAAAUGCACGACUGUUUGUGGGCGAUCCGGUGUUGUUUUUCUGAGUUGUUAAGUAAACAAUUACCACCACCACCAACACAGCAGCGAAAUCAGCAAAACAAAAAAGUAACAGUGAAACACACAGAACAACUGCAUGCAAUAGUAAAAACCGGAUUUUUCAGUUUCUCACACAUACACACACCCAUAGCAAACAAUAGCAGCAAAACCGACGAAAAGACGAAAGGUGACGAAAAUGGAAAACUUUAGAAAUAACACGACGUAUGCACUAUGUCAAUCUAAAAAAAUCUAAAAAAAAUUACAUUUAAGAACACAUUAUAUAAAAAAAACAGAAAUCCAAAAUUAUAUUGUUACGUACUAAGUAAACGUGAACGCAGAGAAAACUGGACGAGACAGUCACAGCAAAAAGUAUCAAAACACUCCAGAAGUUUGUCAUUUACGUAACACCCGGACCGGAAAACAAGCUCUAGUGGCGAAAAAAAUAAGCCCCCAGUGGCAGCCGCAGAACUGAACGAAGCCGUUAUCUAAUUCAGAGACAGAAAGGCCAAGUAAUUCUUUCAAAUAUAUAAAUACCGAAAAAAGCAGUCAAGAAGUGAGUAGCAAGUAGUAUUCAAUAAAGAAAACAAAAUAAUGCAUACUAAAAGAGAUGAGAAAAUAUUCAACCUACGAACACACUCACACACACGAAUCUAAUGAAAUAUUGUAAGCAAACUACCAAUUCUACUAUCCAUUUGUAAUCUGGUGAAAGCUGAUUAGUUUCGCCCCUUUUGGACCGGCGAUUGGCAGGGCUUGUCUCGUACAUGCGAGGCGCCACUCACUGCUCCCGGUCCCGUAUGAUUUCUCUUUAAACGAAUGCAUACAUAUGUUCCUGUUUAAAGUCCCCUUACCCGCAUUAUCCAAACAAACAAAAAACUACUAAAUAGCAGAAAAGGAAAAACCAACACACACGCAAUCGCACCUAAGGCAGUAAAACCAUGAAAGACAAAACGGGGUUUUCAAGCAGAGAAGCAAAGAAAAACAGCAGAGUCAAUGAAAAAUCAGUGAUCAGCAUUGCUCGUCUACCACCACGUCACACUGAAGAAAACUAAAAUAGAAAAUAACACACACAAACACAUUCAAACAACAACCAGCAAAACAAAAAGAGAAAAAUUUCCAAAAACUUAUUGCAAAGUAAUCGAAAAAUAACAAUGCGGAUGAAGCAAGAAAACUAAAUGUUCAUAGCAGAUGAUGAGCACAAGCAGAAGGCAGCAAGCAUGACUGUAACAGCAGAAAUUUUAACCAGAAACCUUGCAUGAAAAAUCACUAACUUUUAAGUACUCUUAUUAUAAUUCCAAUAAACCAGAAAAAUAAAAACAAAACCAGGAAGAGAAACCUGCAGAUAGCAUUAACACACACGCAAGCCUGCGCUUGCGGGCGUGAGAUAGGCAAAAGAACACGUUUUGUUUUGUACACGACAGGCAUUUUGUUAGUGGCUUUGAUUUGAUUGACUCUGAAUCGCAUCAGUUACCGUAAGUACGUGAAAUGGCACCCGGGUGCCCAAGGAGGGCAUCCGGUUGCAUCUUCUUUAUGUUUCUAGCAAUCUUAGUUCAAAUUUUGUAUAAAAUAAAACGCAGCAAACGGAAAGACAGCACAGAAACCUUGUAUCCACCUAGUGAGCGAGAGUCAACUUGCCCCCUCCUGGGGGGAGGGAAGUUGGCUGCAUUUUGUUGAAUUCUUAUUUGUUGAUUGUUUCAGUUACUAGUACUACCAUGUAGGGAAGUGAACCGAAUCCGGAUGAAAGAUUUUUGUUUUUGUGUUAAGAUUGGAUCCAGUAUCAAACAGACACACACAUACAGACACAUGUAUUGAAGAAUCGUCAAUUUACUUAACAGAAGAGGAAGACCCACUGUACGACAGAUAGCGAGGUGGACGAGAGGAAAGACAACUGCAUUCAUCAAAAGAAACAAAUGCUACUUAAUAAUUAUCGAAUCAAAUUGUAAUUGAAACAACUUUAAUGUGAAGAAAAUAACUAGGUUUUUAUUUAAAAGAAAAAAAAAUGGUGAAACACAAAAUAUUGCAGAAGCAGCAACAGCAAAUCCAGUAAUUAUUCGAAACUACAACUAUAAAAAUAAACUAAACAAGAAGAAAAUGCAAACCCGUGCUCGGCCCAGUGAGAUUUUGGACGGGCGCUAUCAGCGUUGAGCCAGUAACUAUCUUUAGUAGCGUUUAGGGAGUGACACUUUUUGGAGACAAGAUUCGUAGCCAGGCAGGGAGGUGCACUAAACUGUUGUGCAGUGUUGCAAAUGUUCGUUUUUCAAAAAAAAAUACUUUAGGACGCAGCCAAAUCAAAGCGCUGCUUUUCAGUCAAAAUUUCCAUUCGAAAUUGAAAAAAAAUGUCGAUUUUUCGGCCCAAAUGAAGCACCUCGCCCUGCCGCUGCAUUGGAUUGGAGCGUGAUUCGCACGCGUUGAAACGGAAACGUGGAUCAGAGCUGGAUUUUUUGAUGAUUCCUAUAAAUGGCUCAGACGGCUGUUGAUCGCCCGGACACUCGGUCUGCGGUCGGGACAACGGGUACUAAUUAUUUUUUGUAACCUAAUUUUAAUCACACACACAAUCACACACACGCAUAUGUAUUUAUUCUCUAUUUAAUGAAACCAAAAAAAACAUAAUGAAAAGAAACAAAUGAAAUAAACACGCAGACACAAACAGUAAAUAGUAUCAAAUAAUCAGAAGUAUUCAAAAAUUAUUUCUCAGCAAAGGAAAAUCCUACAGCAAAACCAACAGCAGUAACUACACAAGAGAAGAUGGCAUCAAACAUCAAUACCUAAAUGGAAACCAACAAAAACCAAGCAAGUGAAGCAUUAUUUCAAUUGACACGUAAAAUAUGCUUUUAUUGUGAAACAACUACAAAAACAGAAAAAAAUACAACAACAGGCAACCAAAAACAUAACCAACCAAAUGCGAAAAGAUUCAACUACUCUGAUUUAAUAUGUGCACUCAGAAUCACAUACUUUUCCAUUUUGUUCAACAAUCUCAAUCGGACAAUUCGAAUUUUGGCACACGAUUUUGGCGCAAUGUGUAAAAAAGAAACAAAUUGGAAACCGGAAAUCAAAUCUGUAGCCAGUCACGUGAACUCACGUCGGCUUAACCACUAUCCCAAAGCAUCUCCAACAAGGACUGAGAGACGCUAAACUGCAGGCGAGUACUGCUACAGAGGACAAAUUGCAAAACCGUGAUUGAUUCAAAACAUGAGAUAAACCAACGGCAAAAUAUUUUCGGUACUACUUGGGAGUUUUGAGUUCUAUUUUUUUGAUAUGUAACCACCACAAUUGUUUUUCAUAGAAAGUUUUGUGAGAGAUAACAAGGCAGAAGCGAAGAUAAAAACACACAAACACAACAACACGUAAAAUGCGCGUGAUUCCCACGGCAGUCGAGAACGAACGGUUUGGAAAUGGUCAAGCGUUUCGACGACUGUAGCCCCACCAAACCAUCACCAUCGGUACUCAGAUGUUGGCUUGACGUCGAAACGCUUCCAGCAACUGUGACACAAUGGUAAAAGUAAUAACCAACAAAAUACGAAAAAACAGACACUAAUCCCACAAACAGCAAAUAUUUAUACUAUGUACGACAAACAAUAGACCAGCAGAGGUACCCAUCGCUGCCAAAACUGCCACCACCGACGCCACUACUGUGCGAAAGGGGGCAAACGCUUGAGAAUUCCUGUUCUAGAGGAAGGAUCCUGGAAGGGCUGUUUGGGCUUUUGACACGUGGCGAUGGGUACACAUUUCUCAAUGAUUUCUUUGAUUUUUUAUCGACUCCAACACAUGUGAAGGGAACGGCGGACGGGCGAGGGCGGUCCCGCAGAAUCCCACCCACAGGAUUCUGAAGGACCGGGACAGACGAGGCAGACGAGCAAAUUUGGAGUUAAAAUGUAAAUACUUAACACAUGUUUAUUUACCGAUUUUCAUUUUUACAGAACCGAUAAUACACACGCAAAACUUCCCCGGAUGCAGGAUUUUUCUCGCCGGGGAAAUAUAUUUUUAAGUUGAAAUAGGAUAAAGUACCUAAAAAUAUUUGAAGAAAAAAAAAAUGCAGCAGAAAAAUAGCAGCAAAAAAAUCUUAAAAAACCACACUUAAAACAGUAUGAAAACAAUGUAGUUGAAAAUCUUUUGCGAGAGAAAAAAUAAAAACAGAGGAAACAUUUGUGCCAAAAUUUUUGAACGAAGCUAAAACUCGAAACCCAAAAAAAACAACAGUAAAAUGCUGGUAAUAAUGACACGCUUACGAGCAAAAUUGGUUUUUGUUUUGUCAAACCCAACACUUUUUGGCAGAAGCUCAUCUUGUAAGAGAAUUUGAUUUGUUUUAAUUAGGUUUUCAAUACUAACCAUUCUGGAAACAAGCAAGAGUUGUUAACGGCUUGCAUGUUUCCUUGAUUAUUUUUAUUAUCUUGAGAACAAAAUGGAAAUCUAGAAAGCAAACAACAAAAUCAAACAAACGAUCUACAUUAAAAUCAAAGCAAAUGUGUAAGAACAAUUUUGGCGAUUUUUCAAUGCUCUUCAAAGUCAGUUAAUUUCUUCAGGUUCAGUUUUCGUAUUGAACAAGCAAGCAAAAUAAUCCAAUCGGAAACAUUUUACAUUCUAAUAUGUGUCGAAUCUAUCGUAUCAAUUAAAAAAUCUCAUGCAAAACAUCUUUGCAGCAUAAAAUUUGAAUCACUUUUUUACACAUACACACAAACACACAGCAGACAACAAAAAUUACAGUAAUAAUCAGUCAUUGAAAAAAAAAUGUGAAAAACAAAAUCUCACGAUGUGUAUUUAACCAACAGCCAUAGCCAACAAGUAUACAGAACAGGAAGGAACCAUUCUAGAAACAGUUAGACAACAGCAAACCAGCAUCAGCAUCAGCAAUCAACAAUAACUGAAUCAAUUGAGGAAACAGUUUAACUCUAUAUAGUUGUUAUAGAAGAACUAUAAUACCAAUUGACCACCAUCGCAAAUAUAAACAAACAGGGAAACGGUUGAAAAUAAAACUCAAACACAGAAAACAACAAUAGCAAACGGUUAAUUUUGUGCAACUCCAGCUCAUAUAAACGCCGGCGAGUGGUGUUCCGUGUCCGUGACUCCCGGCUGCCUGCCACAGCGACAUACCUACAAUGUUCGUCCGCGAGGCCCAAGAUCGCCGCCAGCUCGCCGGGGAACGAGAUGCACGCACUACUUUUUGGGUCGGCUGUGGUCGAGGUUGUGCUAUAGUGCUAUAGUGUUGAAUCGUGGUGGGUGGGUGGCUUUAUGCUGUGAUCAGUUCCGGAUACGUAAAUACUUAGAAUAAAACUGCGUUGGAAGAAAUAAUUCAUUGAUUUUGGCCGGUGUCGAAUGCCCAUUGUGCCAUCCGUUUGGCAAAACGCUUGAGCUUGACUGUGCAACAUGACGUAUAGAUGGCGUGAGGUCAUGUGCGGAAGGUCAGUGGCCAAAGCAGCGAUGCCAGUUGAGCGGUAAGGGCACAGAGAGCAGACAUCCAAAUCUGAUCUGCGUUUAGGGACGAUUCAAAUAUGACGUCCAUCAUUUUUCGGGGAUUUUAGACCCCCCCUCCCCCCUCUGUCACGCUUUUUCGUAUACCUAACAUAUGGAGUGUCACACUUUCUCAGACCCCCCCUCCCCCCUAAAUGAUGGACGUCAUAUUUGAAUGACCCCUUACUGUGAAGAAUAUUGGGCUCUACCCCAUUUGGCAUAAUGCCGUUUGGCAUAAUACGAAGAUCAGCCUUCUUGGUAAGAAUGUGCAUAAUCCUUGUUAUGCCAAAUGGCCAUUAUGCCAAAUAGCUUUUAUGCCAAAUGGCAUUAUGCCAGAUGGUGUUAUGCCAAAUGGGGUAGAGCCGAAUAUUGAGCUUUUCCAGAACUUUUAGCAUUUCAACGAGUUUCUCUCUGAUCUCUAGGUUGCAAACGUUGAAAAGUUUUGUGAUGCCUAUCUUGCAUUCUUCUAAAAUAAUUUUAGAUGAUAAUGGAUAUUUGAAACAUUUCUGGCGGACAAUUGAAUGAACUUUCAAAACUUCAGGGAUAGUUUUAACUAAUUUGUUUUCAGAAAUCAACAACAAGGUAUCCGCCUCCUGACACGUCUUUCCCAGUGUUACGUACUCUGCACUCAUAGUCCUGAUGCCUGCUCGACCAGGCAGCUCCUCUUACGCAGGCUUGUCCGCACUGAGUGCAUGAAAAUUCUGCUCUUUUGAUUUACACCACCAAAACCAUCGUAUCUAUGGAAUCUUCCUAUCUCACCUGAUAGAAGGAUGUCUGAAUAUCCUAAAUGUCAUUUUGAACUGUCAAAAAAUUGCACCGUAGUGUCACACUGUGCGCGCAAAGAGAAUUUCACCCGGGUGAAUUCACCCCAGUGAAUUUCUCUUUGCACGCUCAGUGCGGCACUGCGGUGCGAUUUUUUGACAAUUCGAAAUGACAUUUAGGAUAUUCAGACAUCCUUCUAUCAGGUAAGAUAGGAAGAUUGCAUAAAUAUGAUGGUUUUGGUGGUGUAAACCGAAAGAGCAGAAUUUUCAUGCGCUCAGUGCGGACAAGCCUGCUCUUACGAAGAAGAGAACAAAUCCAGAGGUAGACUUUCUAGAUCCCGGAUCUCCAGCUACGUCAAAUUUCAAAAUCAAAGAGACGCAAAGAUCGGACGCCAUUACGGUUUCGCCUUUCCGUUAAAAGAACAAUAGAUGUUUUACUCGGAUUUACCGAAAGGUCAUAUUGGCGACACCAACCCUCAACUACAUUAAGAGCGCUUUGCAUCAAGUCGAUGCACAUGCCGACUAACAAUGUUAGGUAGUCGCUGGCAAAACCAUAAGUAAAAAAACCGCUUUUAUUAAGUUACCUCAAUAGCGUAUCUGCUACGAGAUUCCACAAAAGUGGUGACAAGAUUCCCCCUUGAGGGCAUCUGCAAACACUCAAUUUCUUAAUCGCUGCUUGACGCACAGUCAAGAAGAGAUGUCGGUUUUCGAGAAUUUGGAGAAUCCAAUUGACUGCGUGCGGAUUCUAAUAUGGCAUCCAAAGGCACGUUGUCAAAAGCACUCUCGAUAUCUAAGUAAAAACUCAAGCAGGAUUGAUUUUGAGCUGAUGCCUUCUCGAUGUCGUAAGCAACUUUGUGUAAAAGAGUCACAGUGCAGUGGACUUACCAGAUUGGUAGCCAUGAUGGUUCACAUGAGGAGGCACGUUGGCUAGAUGAACAUCACAGAGUGAUGAUCCACAAUGCGUGCUAAGCAUUUCAGAAAAAAGGUCAAACUGAUAGGUCGGAAACUCUUUGCUUCUUCAUACGACGCACGACCCACUUUCGGAAUAAAUUUUACAGUAAUAUCCCGCCAAGAUUCGGGAAUACACCCUGUAGCAAAAAAGCAAACAAGAAGUUUUUUUUUCUCAAACAUGUGUGAAAUAAUCAAUCCCCUUCAGCAGCAAAAUAAGAUAAAUCCCAUUUGCCCCAGGAGAUUUGAAAGGAUUUACUGCCCACUCAAUCGACUCUUCAGUUAUAAUACUCCGAGCCGAAGCCAGAGAAUCAUAACAACAAGAAAAGACAUCAGGUUACUACAAAGAUGGGAAAUGUGUACUGAAUAAGCAUUCCACAACUUCCUCAUCAGAGGACGUGAAAUCGCCAUUUGGAAAACGAAGUUCCAUCACUCGAAAAUCCUGAGAUUUCGCAAGGAUUUUGUUCAGCCAAACAGGAAACAUUUGUACAAAACUUUUUCUAUUAAAUUCGUUCAUCAGACUGAAGAGCUUUCUGGUAGGCCGUGCGAGCCGACAUGAAAGCCUCCGAUCCACUCGAACGUUGUCUGAUUCAACUUUUUCUACAUUGUUUCCUGAGCUUGGCCAGAUCAGACUUCCACCAAGGGGUUCCUCUUGUGGUCUUCACAGACCACAGAGGGCAAGCUUCCAUGAUUAAGGCCGUUGCAGUAUCAACGGCAUCAUCUUAAUAACUUGGAGGGUCAAGUGAUGGUGUGAGUAUCCAUGAGAUUUGGCCGCAACCAAAUCAGUAAAGAGAUCCCAGGGAGAUGACCGGGGAUUCCUGAAACGCAAAGUUUGCGAACUAACAUUCAAGUGUUCAAAAAAAGAUAUAGCAAUGGUCAGAUGAAGAUUCUUUAUCUGACACAUGCCAAUUGAUCAGCUCGUGAUUAAUUCUGCUAGAGCAAAGCGUUAUGUCUCACAUUUCCUCUCUAGCAGAUAUCAUGAAGUUUCGGCGGUUGCCUAAGUAAUCGAAGACAUGUUCUACUGAAGUACUCCUUCAAACUGGGCCCUCUCAAGUUAAUGUCGAGCUGCCCCAGAUGAUACGAUGAGCAUUGGUAUCACUACCAACAAUAUUCGGGAGGCCUUUUGAAGUGCAGUAUGCGAUGACUUAUUUGAAAGCAUCCGUAGAGGAUGGUUCAUUAUGCGAUAAAUAAACCGAACAAUAGACGUAUUUCCUGUUGAGGUAUCCAACGGAUACAUCAAUAGUGACAGCACAUACAUCUCUGGUGGUUAGUUCAGAGACGAGUGUAGCGAUGAUUGCGUUGUUGACAAGCACACAGGCUCGAGGCAUGACACGCGAGUUUGCCAUUUCAUGUUCACUGAAAGUAGCAAACACAGGAUUGAAAAGGUUUCCUGAACAGAAAUUCCCCUUACGAAAGAAAGGUUCUUGGACUAAGGCCACUUGGGCUGUACCAUUCAGCAUAAUUCUGUAAAGAUUGAUCGUUGCUGUGCAUAUUAAACUGAACUACUUAUCCUAACUGUAGUCACUACCCAAACUCUUUACAAUGCCUCUAGAGCCGGCUUUCCAAUAUUAAAAAUGUCAUCAAGCCGAACGAAAUCACGACAAACGAGGAUGAAGCAUUUUAGGUUGACACUUUGAUGAAAAUAAACUUAAAAUCUGCGUAAAAAUUUUCAAGUAUUUCAAAAUUUGAAAUUAUUGACAACCUUCUGGCGUUGGGGUUACCAUCGGCAGCCAUCUGUCUAGCUGGUACACGCCUUCCGGAAGUAUCACUUUCCAGGGAUCCCGAAAUAGCGUUCGAAUCCCACUCCUAGUCUACACCAACAGUUUAUGUGAUAGAAAAUGAAAAUGAAACAAAGUGUUCCAUCGAAUUCAGCAAGACUGGGAUGGUAACUCUUUCGGGUGAAAGUUGACAGAUUUCAUAUUGCACGAAAUACAUAUUUUGGACUGCUUUGGCAACACUGCAUCUGACAUUUGAGAUAAUACACGGAAAAUAUUUGGAAUAGGAAACUAAAACACGCAGCAUAAAAAUAAAACAAAAUCUUUUAAAAUUGUUCAAAAUACUAACUAUUGUUAAGUUUUUUUUCCGAUUCAAGCUUUAUCACAUUGUGGAAAUCCGUCGGAGUGUAAUGGCUCUGUAAAGCCUGUGGGACUCCACUGUUCUGUGAACUCCGAAUCGCGAAACCAAAUCCACCGCAGCACGGCACAACCCGCACGGCCCCCAAAAGUUCGAUACCACUCUCCGGUGUUUGACCUACUCAAUACUGACAAUAGACAGGAUUACAAUAGUGCGGCCGCAAUUCAGGCAACAAAACCCGGAAUCAAAAUUGAAACUCACAACCACAGCAUUAUAUAUCAGCAACGAUUCUCGGACGGUUUUUGAUUUUUUCGGAAAAAAAUUCGACAUAUGAAACAAUAGCAGAUAUAAACUGGCAAAAAAGGGAAAAAAAACGCAAAAGAGAAGAGAGCGAGGAGAAGAAAAAAUAAACCUUUUCGACAACUCAACUCAACAUCGGCAAUUUCGGAGACAAGUUUCGGUCAACAACAAACAAAUAUACAUAGUUUCAUCAACGGAAGUGUGUUUUGAGACAAUUUCGUUACGUUCGAAUGGAUUUUUUUCGAGUUCAGUUGUUCUUCAGUUGUUAACGUGUAUUGAUUGAGUUUUAUUGUCACUGUUUUAGUAUUGAAGUGUUAAUUUUUCAACAACCACAACAACAAGAAGAUAUGCAGAAAUAUUUAGAAAGAAGAGAGGAACAUCUACAGCAACAUCAACAUCCAGACAAGAGUCAAAAUCCGACGGUAGGAGCAAGAAUAAAAUUAUGUUUUUGGAAAUUUUUGACGAAGCGCAGUUUGAAAGGAAAACAAAUCAAACCAAAAAAUAGUCAGGCCACAAAAACAUAGCAACAGAAAGCAACAAUCAUUCAGAGCAAAACAAAAACCAUCACUUUAUGAGUUCACUUUGGUUGAUAGUUACGGAAAAUGGUAGUAAAGUUAAGCAAAAACGAAAAAAAAAAUCUUGACAACAUCGUGGAACACUAAAAACAAAGGCGAGACAACAAUUUCGAACCCAAAACAGAAACCUAAAAUCUAGCGAAAAUGAUUGCGCGCGCAAAAAGAAUUACUUUGAAGAGUAAAACCACUUCAGGCAGCAACAAAAAAGCGAAACAAAAAACGAGAAAAAGGUAAGACGACCAAAAACCAGAAAAAAGAAAACAAAAUCCAACGUGGAACCAUAUUCAUUUGGAAGAGCCAGUAGUUGCGCAGCCAGUGGUUCCCUGUAACGCCACGAAAGCACCCGGGAAACGAACGGAACGCCUUGUCCUAAUCUUAGAACACUGGAAAUCUGGUUAAAUAUGUAAAGCAAGAAAGAUUAUGUAAAAAAAUAGCCGAAGCACUAUCGCUGACGAUGGAAACUGCAAGUACGAUGGAAAAAGAGUAUUUUUGUAUCGAUAUUUUGUAAUCGUUGGUGUAUAAUGGCUUUUCGAAGCGCCACCAAAAUCCUAAAUAAAAGUAUCAUAUUGAGGCACACCUGGUAUAGAAGAAAUUUUUAGAUAAAAUAAAUUGUGAAAACUUUGGCAAAAAUAUCCUAGUUUACGAAAACAAAAAAAAAAACAUAAAAAAGAUACAUUAAGGCACACGAUCCAACUGAAACGAAACUAUUUUAAUCAUUGUACAUACAUCUAACCCUACUCGGCAAAUAACCAAAUCGAAGAAAAAACUACCAGAGGCGACGUUUCCCAGUGGCUUUCGACUUGGAGGGAACCCGGCGCACAAUCGGAACCCUCUUCUCAUUGUUGAGAAAAUGGAGUAACGCGAAAACCGAAUAUUUCUAUAUAUAUUCUGAGUGAUAUUUAUAGUUUGAAACCAGAGAAGAAAGUAAACCCAAAAGACAACCAAAAACGAGGAUCAGUUUUUCAAGAAAACAAAAACUUGUCAUGCGAUCGAUAGCUGUAAAACCCAUGCGGAGACAUUUCGGAUACCAUUCAGUCCCCCCCACCACACUGGAAUGGGAAACCAGUGUGACCGGGACUUGUUAAUUUUAAGCGAAAACCAAAAACUUAGAACGACUAAAAGUUUUUAAAGAGAACACAAAAAACGGCGAAGAUAAUAAAUCGUCCGAUAAUUAUGGCAGUAUGGGAAAACGAACAAAUAUAUCUUACGUUUUGAAAUAACUUUUUCGUUUCUAUUGCUAAUUUAAGUGAAAGGUCUUAUUGUAAAGUAUAAACCAAAAAACACAAGAAAAACUACGACUAAAACUGAAAGUUAGAAUAAAAAAUAAAUUUCGAUCGGGAGAAUCGUGGAAGUGAAGCAAAACCAAACAAACCGGAAUCAGACAACACGAAAAGAAGAUUUUGUUGAACAAUGAAACGUUUAAACAAUAUAUAUAAAUGAAAACGCAUGAACAUACGACACUUACGUUUGAGAAUAUUUUUUCUCAAAAUUUCUAUCAAAAUUAUAAAUAAAAUUUAAGAGGAAAACCAAGCGAGAAAAACUACUCACACAAAAGAAGCUAAAAUUAAACCAAAAGAAACCUACAGAAAAAAUGUAAAAAAGUAACGAAACUGUAAUAUAAUGGUCGAUUUCUAGAAGAAAAAAUUAAACAUAAAGCCCAAAAUAAAAACACUAAAACAUACCUAACAAGUGGUUGACGCACAUUAUAAAACCGUUUCAAAAAGAAGAACAACAAAGAACAGCAAAUGAGAGCUGAAUAUGCAAAAAAAAGCUAAAAUGCAGAUAUGAGCUGAGAAAAACGAAAACGAGAGAUCAAAUGCAACACGAAAAAAAGCAGAUUAAAAAGAACAAACCUUAAGAUCAACGAGCAACACACGAAGAAUACGAAAAAAAGAAACCAAAACACAGAGAGAAAGAAACAAAACCAUAAAAUGCUGAGGAAAAAUGUAAACUAGAACAACACAUUGAGCGAAACUAGAGAAAGAGAGAAAGCAAGAGCUACCAGAAAAUACACACUCACACACACAUGGCAAAAAGCGAUAAAAAAUCACAUAAUGGAAAAAAAUCUACAUUUUGCAUAAACAACAAAAAGUAUAUUUAUGCUUAUUAUUUUAUCUCUGUAACAAAGCGUGUCAUUGUCCAUACAUGUUAUUAGAAGUUUCAACUGUUUGGUGUAAUAAAAAUUAAUAAUAAUGAAUAAAGAAAAUAAAAUUAUUAA